UCAAAACUAAAAUAUUCAAUUCCUGCCGAUAUUGAGGAACGGAUGAGAAAAAGUGAAUAUUUCCCCAGUAAACCUAACCAGUGUAAGAAGAUCUUGCUAGCAGACACACACAAAUAUACAACGAUUGACUCAACUCUUCCUGAAGGAUUUAAGGUUUGGUCGAGAAAGAGAAGAACCAAUCACGUGGACAGAGACUACUUAAGUCCAGAUCUGAAAUUUUCCUUCAGAUCUAAAACAGCUUGUGUUGAAUACAUCAAACUACUAGAUUCCCCAGAUCAAGCCUUUAUGUCGAUUGGAAAUCAUUCUGGGAGUACCUCCGCUAAUCUUAAGUUGACAAGUUUAGAAAUGUCUAGUUCUUCUUACAAGGACCCCAAUCCAAUUCUUAAUAAAGUUAAGAGCAGUAAAACUUCAACUUGUAGAAGUAAUUCUGUUAGACCAAAUAAUCCAACUUUAUUUAAAGAAAAAAAGUUGCCUAUAGUACCAGUAGAGUCUCUUGUGUCCUCAUCAGAAAGUAAGAGACAACCAGGAAAAUUGUCACUUGUCCCAAUAGACUCCCUGGUGGCUCAACCAUCUAGUAAUAAACCUCCAGCAGCUCCAGGGUAUGAAAAUUGUUUGAUUAAUGCUUAUGACAGACAGAAGCUGCAGCAAGAACCUUCCAAUUGCACUGGAUUUAAAGGGACCGAUAAUGUCUCAAACUACAGAGCAGGCAAUCAGUAUUCAGUAUCAUUUAGUAAUAAUCAAACUCCAGAACCAGUGUUAAAAUCUUUACUUUACAACCUAGAAACAAAUAAAAACAAUGCAUCAUCAAACUUAGUUAGUAUUCAGAAAUCUUUUGACUUAUACAAGAAAACACUAGGUUCAAGACUUUCCCCAGAAUUGUACAUAAAAAUGACCAAGGAUGUUGAGCUUGCUAAGUGCAGCAAACUAUCUGCCUUUGAAGUGACAAAGCUUAAACUAGGCAUCUACAAUAUUGUGGAGUACUGGACAAAGGCAGUUCAACCAUUUACACCUUUAACAAAUCCAGCUCUUGAGACAAAAAAGUUUAUUGAUCUUAUGAAAUUGGCAGAAAAAAGUAACACCAAAGGUUCAGAUGUUGAUGAAGUAAGAAAGCUGCUUAUGACUCCCGACCGAGCUGACUCUGACUUUGUUAGAGUUAAUGUUUCAGAAAAUCUACUUUUUUAUCACCGGCUCAGAUCAAAUUUGUUCAACCCUCUAUUGGCAAGGUAUGAUUUUGUGGUAGACCAUCUUAUUGGAAAGAAAGGCUAUCAUAACUUUGAUGCUAAAGAAUCAAUUGCCUUUCAACAUAUGCUAUCUCUGCAUAAAUUAUCAAGACUCAAUCUCUACCUGAAACUGGAAGAAAACUUUGACUUUCAGUUCCUGGAAUUAUUGGAAAAAUACAUUUCAAGAAGAACAGUUUCUUGCCCUUCCUGUCCUGUUCAGUGUCAGAACCUGUUGGAAGUGGUGCAUCACUAUGGACUAACACACUAUUUCAAAAAGUUUGAAAGCCUGAUAGGAAAUAGUAGUUGCUGUAAUGACUGCAUGAAACCUUUCCAUGAUAGAACCAGAUUGAUCAAACAUCUUGCUUUAGUCCACAACAGAAUCCUCAUAAAAUAUGUUUCCUGGUCUUGCAAGUUGUGCAAUUUCGAAUCACAUGAGAAAUCCGCGAUGUUUGAGCAUCUAAAGAUAUCUCACAACAUUAUAAGUGAUUCUGAGGUGUCACAAAGUGUCAGGAUGGAGGAAUUAAAAAACUUACAGUGUACUGAUUGUAUGGAAAACUUUAGUUUCAGUGAUAUGAAGAACCAUGUAUUCGAUAAUCAUUACAGGGGAAGUUUUGAGCGUUUGCUAAGUUCUACCGUAUCUCCAACAUCCAAGUGUGAUUUUUGUGAGGCAGACUUCUUCAGAGAAUCAGACUGGAAAAUCCUCAUAACCAGACACUAUGCAGUGGAACAUAAUUUUAUUUAUCGUUUUUUACACGUGUAUCCAAGAGGCACAAUUCAAAUCACUUUCAACAGUUUAAGGCCCUUUCACAAGCCAAUUACAAAAAUAGAGGAAGAGGAUGUAAUCAUAAUUGAUGAUUACACCCAAAGUGAUUCCCUCGGACAAGAUGCUGAGGAUGAAAUCCUGAUGAGUGGAAUAUCAAAUAAAACAGACAACAUGAAAUUAGCCAGUCUUCUCAAGACAAAAAGACGAGACACCCUUCAGUGCUGUCGUAUUUGCAAAAGAAAAGUAUUAAAAAAGAAAAUGAUCUCACACUUGUUGUCACUUCACUAUCUCAAACAGUUGAAAAAAGAGUUAGAAAAGGUGGGAAUGCAUGGUAAAAAUCAAACCAUUUGCAAACUGUGCAAUUUUUCCUAUCCUUUCCCAGUUGAGAUGCACUUGCAAACUCAUUAUGCUAUGAAGCAUAGUAAAGGAUUUCUGACAUUUCUCAAUAAAUUUCCAGGAAAUGAUGGAUUAGAGAAAGAUCUUCCGGAAUUUAAUGAUUCUAGCGAGGAUAACUUUGACACUCCCAUUCCAGAGAGGUUUGCUACCAGUGUAAAAGUUGUAUCAAUUGUUCAAGCAGAAACUUCGCCAUGGGUUGAAAAUUUCAAACAAUUUUGUGAAGAAACAAUCAAUGAACCGGAGUCAAAGGAAACAGUUAAUUUGAACUUUACCAUCACAAAUCCUUUAAUAUUAGAAAGAUAUUUAGAAAGUGUUAUAAAGACACCAGCAAAUAUUGCCAUAUUGGACAAAAUUAUCAAUCAGCUUGAGGAUACAUCCUCUAUCACAUUGGCCAAACUUCAGACUGUGAAGAGGUACCUUUUACUUAAGGAUUACCUGACUAAAUGCACCGAGGCAUCAAGUACUAUCUACAAUAUUCCGCUAAUGCAUGUAGUGAUUUUUCUUUCUCAGAUGAUGACAAAACCUGAAAUAGCAAAGGAUGACAUUUGCUGGUUGAUGAAGAAAAUUAGCGAUGUUCAUGAGUUUGUCGAAGGAAAGCCAAUUGGAAUGGAUUCUAAGAUAAUUGAUUUUUUCAAAGCAAUUGGGUAUCCAGUAGACCAUACAUACUUUGAGCUACCAGCUCAAGUGCCCAAAUCCAUCAAAAUAUGUUGCACAAAAUGUCCAGAUAGUUUUAAAACCAACAAAGCACUAAGUGUUCACAUUUCUAGACAUCAUUCUGAAACUGAAACCAACUUAAAUAUUGCAAGCACGCCUAAGGAAUCAAAUCCUCAUGCUCCUGAAACUUUGAAGGUGGGAAUGGGAGAAGCUACGCCAGACAGAUAUAAAUGUUCAGAAGUUACCAAAGUAUUCACCAAUAAGGAGAAACUGCAGAUUCAUAGCAAAAAGCAUUCCAUUCACCAACCUAAGAUUAAAAAACUCAAAAGAAAGUUGUCAGGAUCCCUGAAACAAAAAGAGAAGGAAUCUGACCAGAUAAAUCCUGUUGCAAGCUGCAGCUCAGAAUUCGUGUUAUCUAAGAGAUCUGAGAUUCAACCAAGUUUGUUUAGAAAAACAACUCCUCCCAAGAAAUCUUUAGGCAAGACUACCAAGAUAUUAUCUCAGUUCAGACAACAAGUUGGUACAAGGCAGCUGCAACAGAUGAUUAAAGAAGAUACGGGUCUUGAAAUUAGCAUGAAGCAUUUAUACUCAAUUUCUCGUGGUGAGAAAGGGUUUCGAGGAAAAAAGGGAAAACUAGUGAAGCAGUGGGCUCUCAACCAAGCCAACACUAGCGAAUCAGAAGAAGUUCCAACAGUACCAGCAGAGCAGAUGCAAACUGAAGCACAAUCACAGAUCUUAAUAAAGGAUGAAGUUGAAAAAGACGUGAAGAAAAAUGUAGAAACUGAGACAAACAAACCUAAGAAGACUGAAAAUAAAGAAGAGCAAGUAGAAGAACAAGUAGAAGAACGAGAUGGAUUUACGCAAGAAUUCAUGAGCUUAUCAAUCCCAGAUAUUGCGUAUUCACCCCUUAAAUUUUGA